UACAUUAAACUUUUUAAAUAUAUUUUAACAGAGCGGCUGAGAUCUACUUUGAAUGGAGAGAAACAUGCAACAACGUUCAAACCCGUCCAGUGAGCCAUUCAUCUCUAAUGGGAGAAGCCAGCUCAGACUGGUCCUGCUUGGAAAGAUUGCCAUUGGAAAGAGUGCUUCUGGUAAUACUAUUCUUGGUCGUCCGGAGCACUUCAAAUCAGGACAAAGCGCCAGCUCUGUAACCAGGACCUGCCAGAGUGGAAACAGCCAGCUAGGGGAAAAUGUUGUUUUGGUUGUGGACACUCCAGGUUUCUUUGGCAACAACCUUACUGAGUCCCAGAGUCGCGCUGAGAUUUUUAAAUGUGUGAGGCUGUGUGCCCCUGGCCCUCAUGCUUUCAUUCUAACCGUUCAAAUCGGCCUCUAUGCUAAACAAGAAAGAAGGGUUGUGGACCAGAUGGUGAGUGUUUUCGGGGAGAUUGCUUUGCGAGACUAUAGUGUGGUUCUGUUCACCCACGGUGAUGACCUGGAGGACAUGACUUUACAGGAGUAUCUAAGGACAGCCCCACAAGAGCUCAAUGAUCUGCUGAGUAGAUGUGGCAACAGAUACCACGUCUUCAACAACAGAGACCGCAACAACAGGAAGCAGGUGACAGAGCUGCUGGAAACGGUGAAGAGGAUGGUGAACACGAACCAGGGAGGGUACUACGUCUUUCCAGAUCACCUGAUAAUUGGGAAGAUUGUGGCGGGAAUAGCAGCUGGGGCGGUCGUGGGGGCGUGUGCAGGGGCGUGUCCACCUGUAGGAGCUGGGUUAGUUUUGGGUAAAGCAGUGACGGUGACAGUGGGUCGCACCUGUGCAGCAGUAGGGGGGAUAUUGGGAGGGGGAUUGGGUGCUAGGGCAGGGAAAGAUGCUGCCAGUGUAAAAGAUGCAGUUGUGAAAGCGGUGUCAGGAGCUCCAAUAUGGGCAUGUGCAGCAGGAUUAGUUUUGGGUAGUGUAGUGUGGUCCUGUGUAGCAGUAGGGGGGAUAAGGGCGGGUGGGUGGGAAUUUUAA